AGAAGUGCUCUACGCUAGGGAAGUCAUUAAUUAAGGUCAAAAUUAGUGUCUGUUAAAUAACACUUCGCACGGAGGAGGAAUCGCCCACGCAUCAACAUGUCGUUCAAGAAGGACCUGGUCCUGCUGGCCAAGCCCUACUACUGGGUCAACAUCCUGAUGAGCAUCUCGUACAUCGUGGCCAAGCGAGCGCCCAUGAUUUGUAACUUUUUAUGGACAUAUUUGUUCAACCAGGACCAGUGCGAGCUGGAUGGGCGCGAGACGGAGAUUUUGUUCUUUCUGCUUAUUGUGGUCAUGAUCCGGACGAGGAAGACGGGGAGUGUGACGAUGAUCAACUAUCUGACGUCGAGCUUCAUGUAUACGAAACUGGCCAAUCUGGGAUUGUGGUUCUACAGUGACAUCCGACUGGGGCUGAUUUACGGAGUGCUGUUCAUUCUGGUGGCGCUGAUACUGCCGGAGCCGACCUACUCUGGACCGGAAAAUGUUACCUAUUUCCGGUUGGAGAACGGAUUGGAAGACGAGAUGGAUAAGGAUAAGCGUGUUAAUUGGUUGGUCACGUUCUACACCGUAUGGAAUCCGGCUUGCGUCAAUUUUGCUCCGAUCUUUGCGGAACUGUCGGCGGAGUACAAUCUGCCCAAUUUGCGGUUCGGAAAGGUGGACAUCGGAAGAUUCCCCAACAUCGGCAAGAAGUAUCACGUUUCGGACAGUUCCCUCAGUCGUCAGCUUCCGUCGGUGAUUUUGUUCCGAAAUGGAAAGGAAGUGGCGCGGCGGCCAUAUGCCGAUGCCAAGGGAAAGCUGGUCAAGUUCUUCUUCUCGGCCGACAACGUCAAAGCUGCCUUCGAUCUGAACAACCUGUACAAGGAGUGCAAGGAGAAUCCCAUCAAAGGGGCCAAGGCCGUCACCGCCGGUGAAAAGAAGAAGAAUUAAGUUUCCGCUUGCUGUAAGCAUACUCAUUCUGUUGUUGAAGCAUUUAAGACGCCCAUCUAAAACUGCCCAUGCAUAAAUACUUUGUCUUAUCAUCACCCUUAUCGCACCCCCCUUAGAAGCAAUUGCACAUUUUAUCUCCAUCAUCGCCAUCGGAAUCGGAACACCGAAAGUCAUUGAUUAGGAUUACAGCAACCAACGCGUCUAGCCCUAUCUCCAUUAUACUCUCCGUAGACCGGGUCGUGAUGUAAUGAUCCGAACGCGCCAUCAGUUUGAAAGUGCUAAUUGCAUUUGAUGAAAAUGUCGCAUUGUCGUCCGCCCCUUUAAACACUACUGAUAAGAAGAAUGAUCGGUCUUUUGUGUGUGCAUUAGCUAUUAGUAUCAGCCUGGCAGGGCUGUGGGCCGUACUACACACCUGGGGCAAACACUUCGUCACCACCGCGCACACCGUUUUGUAUUUCGUCAUGGCUGUUUUUUAAGUUAGGAUUGUGUUUCGUUUUUGUGUUGUUUUAGUUUUAGGCUGAAUAGAAAAAGUAAAGCAGUCAUUAUGUGGAUGAAAAAUACCAAACGCGAUAUGUUAGUCAAUAAAUUAGGAUGAACUUUAGAAA